AUGUUGGACUGGUACUCUGGGGAGUUCAACUUGAUCAUGUAUGACCGCGAUGUUCAUCCACAGGAUCGUAGUAAACUCGUCCUUCAGGUUCGUUCUGAAAUAGUGAAAAGAGAAAAAAAAAACCUCUAUUUCUUUUACCGCUGACUUGAGGAACUUUUAAAAUAGGGUCUCCGAAAACUAGCGAAAGAUUUUUUUUUAAAACUGAGAAAAUCAGCAGUGACUAUACUACACUAUAUUUAUAAAUUUUCUAACGCUCAGCCAACUUUUUUUCCAGCUCCGCCCGCCAAACUUGGAAAAAAUCAUCGGCGGAGUGAAAAUGGAGCUGGUCCAGCUCGCGAAACCCAGCGAAACUGAGCUGGAACCACUGCUGCAGCUCUCGAUCCGUCAGGUUUGUCUGACCUCAAAAAUAGAACGAAAAGAACAUCUAAAGAACGUCCUGAACGAGUUCGUCAGGCAGCAACUCCUACGUGAUCCGCGAGACGUCCAGGCACAGCUGGACGAGGUCGCCCAGCUCAUGGUCGAACUCGACAGUGUGAGCUCCUUUUUUGAAAGAGAUUGGGAACGAUAGAUGCAGUUUUUUGCGCUGGUUCUGGAUCCGUGUUCAGAUUUCGUAAGGAAUGAGUUUGAAAAUAGUUACGACCACUUGAAUUUUCGAAAAAAUGGGUUUUUUAUUUCUCAUUCCAAUGUUAUAGGAGCUAGUCCAGGUGCACGUAAAGUUUUAAAUUUUUAAAUUUUUAGGCCGCCGCCAUCUCCUCCAGAAUGACUCCGAACACCACUUAUAUGACCUUCAAGCAGCUUUUCGAGGCGAUUCCUCAAGUUUGUUUUAAGAGAAAAAAAUUUCUGAUGUUUCUAUGCCUCUCGUGUUUUUAUGUCAGCCAGCGGAAGAAAAAGAGGACAGAAUAUCUCGAAAAAAAUUGAAUUUUUUCAGUUGGACUUGAGAGGCUUCUUGAACGCCGGCCUCAGUACAGUCUACCAUUGGGCCGAAGAAGAUACCGUAUCGAUUCAGAAUUUCGAGUACCUGGCUCGCCUGGCCAAUAUCAUGGCGAGGUAUAAUUCUGUUAUGAAAAAUUUUUAAAGGGUGUUUGAAAAAGUUUUGGCGGCAAAACGGUUUUAAAGGUUGCAAUGCUCUUACUUACCAUUUUUUCGAUGAAUAUCCCAUUUUUUUGGAUUUGAUUUAAUAGAUUAAGGCUUGAGGCUAAAAAAGAAAGUUUUUUGGUUGAAAAGUAUCAUAGUUGACUCACGGGUGGCUUGCGACAUCGAAAAAGGGUCCUGACACGAUAAGAAAAGAGACAGUGCACGGUUGUUGGAGGGCGCAGACAGGCCACGCCUCUUUUCGUACCAAGCUAGCCGUGAAUCGACUAUAUCUCUGAACUGGAACACGUCAAGGCGCGACCGACUGUUUCACUGCCUCUCUGACUGCGAGAAAACGACGAAAUAGCAUGUGGCAGAGAAAAGUUCGAGCUUCCCAUAAGGCGCUUCAGUUCAUUUUUUGGAUUUUUGAGCUCUGAAAAACACAGGAAACUAUGAUAAAAAAGACCAGGGAGAACUAAGGAGUUUUAGAGUGGUCCCUAAAGGGAAAUAAAAACCCCCUAUAGGGGGACGAAAAAAUGGUUCCUAUAGGGGUUUAGGGUCUGACCUCUUGGCUCCUAAAGCUUGAGUGGUCCCUGUAGGGUUCUUUCAAAGCCGAUGGUUAGUUUUUCCCAUGGAAAUGCUUCUUUGCGUAGAGUUCAAAAAAAUUAUCGACUAGAAUGCGCCUAUAGGGGCCACUGACUAAAACCCCUGUAGGGGACACUCCUAGUUGCCCCUAUAGGGACCACUCGGGAGUUCCUAAGAGGUUUUUUUAAGUACGAGUCGACGAGCUGUGGCGAAUUACCUUUUGACGGUUACGGCCAUGAACCUCAAGCAGUACUCCUAUUUUCCGAGCGAGCAGUUCAGGUGGGACUGAAAUGUCCGUUUUCCCAAAUAAUUCAAAAUCAGUUGGCGCGAAUGUGUCGAGCAACUUUCCCAGUUGGAAGUCGUGUCCAAGCUCUACAUUGAGCAGUUCCGACGCUUCGAUCGCAGUGAAGUAACAGAAUUUCAGAAUCAAGAGAAUAUUUCUGAAAUUCAGGUCUCCCAGUACCUCCAAACCCUCAAAACCGACUUCCUCUCCACGCAUCGGAAUACUCCCCUGCAGUACUUGUCCACGAUAAAUCGCCUCGGAUUCUAUGUCGGAUUCCCGAAAAGGCUUCUGGAUGAGGAUUCCGUCUGGAUGCCACUUUCUCAGGUUCCACCAUGCUGCGAAAGACCGUGGUCGCAUUUGGAAUGGCUCGAAGCGGCGCGGUUCUUAUGCUUUCCGAUGCUUCUGCGCGCAAGUCGUUUUUGGUCGGAUGCUUGAGCCAUUCCACAUGCGACCAUGGGCUUGAGGACCUUCUGAAGCCUUAUAUUGAAAGUUUUUUACAGCUAUCGCUAGACUUGACCGACUACUUCAAUUCCAUCGUUCGAGUCUCCAAAGAGGAGAGAAACUUUGCCCUAUCGCAAAUCGGAACCUACUUGGAUAGGUUCGGAAAAUUUAGAAAGGCAAUGCCGCGCCAGCUUUUAUUCUCCCUUCUCCUUGAAAAACGUGACCUGUUUCUCUGCAUGCGCCUUUAAUUAGCCUAAAUUUUUCGUUUUUUAAAGGCGCAUGCAAAGGGGCAGGCCGCGCGCAUCGAAGGGAAGGAUUUUUGAAGUUACAAUGAAAGAAAAAAAACGCGAAGCUGGGACGAAAUGGACUAUAGAUGAGCUUAAAAUUGACAGAAUAAAAUAAAUUCAGUGACGACGCUCCGAAAUUCCCCGUCCUCAGCGCGGAUAUGCUCUUCGAUCCUCAUCUUGGAGCGAUUGGUAAUAAUAUAUCCCCAAAAUGAUCCAAAAUUCAACGUUUCAGUACUGCCGAUGUCCUUCCUACAGGCCCCGAUUUAUGUCCCAGGUGACGACGUUCCAAUGUACGGCGUUUAUUCGAGUCUCGGCGUUACUGUACUUCAGAUGAUUGCCAAGGUUUGUUGAAGUUCUGGGCCUUUCGACGACUACCAUACUGUAGUAAUAUUUACCAGAUUUUGGCGGGAAAUCAAAAGUUCAAAAAUCUUGGCUUCUCACUGUAAGAACUCUAGUGCUCACUUAAGAGGUUUCUCAAGGACUACUUGGAGAGGACACUAAAGGGGCCACUUAAACUACCUCUACAGACUACAUUUCGCGUCAUUAUAGUAGUUUUCAGUGGUCUAGUAGUACGAUUUAGACUCCUCCACUAAUUUUUAGUCCUUUAAGUGGCCACUAAUUUGACUACUAACGGCCGCUAGGACGUCAAAAUCCUAAAGGGCCCACUAAAAAACUUUCCCAGAAUUGAUGAUUUUCUACAAAAAAAAAAGCUUCAAAAGUUGACAGUUUCUUCACAAAAAUGCCUCUUUCAGGUCUUCUGGCAAGGCGUCAACCAGAAUUCGCAGCUUCAAUGUCUGGACAACGUUUUUCGAGGAUUCCUUGGACCAGAUCGUCAGAAUUCCGUCAAUCUUGAUGUGAAUUCGGGAUAUAUCUUUGUAUUGAACGUCACUUUGUUUCUAGAAAGAUUUGAUCUAUACUAUCGAACUGUCCGACGCCUUCAAAACGACCCUCUACGGCUACGCCAAAUGGCAAAACGAUCAUUCUAUUCAUCAUGUCAGUGGUCCAUUGAAGCCUGAAAAGUAGAAGGAAAAUGGCAAAAAAACUUUUGCGCGGAGAGGAGUCGAACCUGCUUCCUGUUUUAGGAGGAACUGGUCGCUAGCCAUUACACCAAUCUGCCAAAAACCUGGAAAAACACAAAAAUUCAGAUUUUUCCUUGCAAGUCAUGUCAAAUAGAGUACGAAAGUUUCUUCGUACCUUCAAAUUAUUGAGAAGGAAAAAAUUAUUCCAAGUUUUUAGGAGAAAACUUUGCCAGCCUAUGAUAAGUUCGAUUCGAUCAGCAGCCUGAUUGUGACCUUUUCUACAGUGAGUUAACGUAUGGUCGCACUUGGAAUGGCUUGACGCGCCGCGGAUGCGAUGCGGUUCCUUCAGAGCGUGAUUUGAAAGGCGCAUGAUGAUGUAGUUGUUUCACUACUAGCUUAAAACGCAAAGGGGCGUGGCCUGUCUGCGUUCUCCACCAACCCGGCACUUUCUCUUUUUUAAAUCGUGUCAGAACCCUUUUUUUCGAUGGCUCAAGCCAGCCAGAAGAGUUUCAAGUUGGCUUUAAGGCUAACUUUGAACGCAACUCGUCCGCGUCGAGCCAUUCUACAUGCGACCACUACAUAUAGAUUCAAAAUGUAUCAAUAUUUUUCAGUUGUUUUGCAAUUUGGAAGGAAUCGAGCCGGGCAGCGACUACGAAGCCAUGUCAGUAGAUUUAUUCAAAAAAAAAAAUGGGAUUUUUAAAGGCGCAGCAGCUUCUAAAACGACUCGAAACCCUUUUAAACUUCAAACUUUUUCAGGAUGAAUACGGUGGCCAGCAAUUCGCGCCAAUACUCCAUAAAUUUCCAUUGCUCUAACUCAUCUCGGAUUUUCAACCGUCGAACUUGUGUCUAG